UCGUCGGUGGCUCUUUGAUCGGAGCGGGAGUGCAGUGUGCGUCCUGACGUGACAAUGGAGGUAGUUACGAUUGCUGUGCGGUGCUUUAUUGUGAUCAGCUGAUCGUACGCGGGGUUACGAAAAGAUAGAGUAGUAGUGUGUGCGUGUGUGUGCGUGCGUGCGUGCUUGCGUGUGUGAAAGAGAGAGAGAGAGAGAGAGAGAGAGAACGAAAGAAAGAAAGAAAGGAAGAACGAAAGGUGUCCGUGGUCAAAAGGUAGAAAGGAAGAAGAAGAAGAAGGUCAAGAGAAAAGGACGGAGAAAGUGAAAAAAAGAACGGAAAGGUGUUGGUGCGCGGUUUUAUCGGGAAAAGGAAGGUGUUAAAAAGAGGAAAAGAAAACAAAAAUAUAUUAUUUCGGUUAAAAGACGAUGUCGUCGUCAUCGUCGUCAUUAUUAUUACUGUCAUCAUCAUCGUCAUCAUCAUCAUCAUCGUUGUCAUCGUCAUUGUCAACAUUGUCGUCGUGUUCGUAUUCGUGAGAGAGAUCGACGUGCCUUCGUAGGCGCCGUCGUUCCUAAUCCCUCUUAUUGUGUGUUGCUAAUAUAUAUAUAUUAGUAGUGGUUCCCCCUUGUAUAUAUCCGGUGUGUAUCGUGCACGAAUGCGUGGAGUUCGCACGAGAGGUAGAUAAAUGUCUCUCAACCAUGCCCGCCGUGCGGAAGUACAGAAGGGAUACCAGUGAAGUGAGCUGUUGCCUCAAGUACGUCAUCUUUGGAUUUAACGUCAUGUUUUGGUGGCUCGGCUUGGGAAUUAUGGCAGUUGGUGUAUGGGCAUGGACAGAAAAGGAUACAUUUAACAAUUUGUCCCGCCUAACUAACGUUGCACUCGAUCCAGCAUUUAUACUCAUUCUAGUCGGUACAGUGACAUUUAUCAUCGGAUUUACGGGGUGUGUCGGCGCACUCAGGGAAAAUACGUGCCUCCUAUCAGCAUAUGCAAUAUUCUUGGCAUUAUUGUUGCUAAUGGAGAUUACUGCCGGUGUUUUAGGCUUCAUCUUUAAAGACUGGAUUAAAUCACAAGCAACCGGGGGCUUCCAAGCUUUCAUCAUUCACUAUCGUGAAGAUCCUGAUCAGCAGAAUUUAAUCGACUGGAUUCAAGAGGACUGGUUACAAUGUUGUGGUAUCGAGGGUCCAAAGGAUUGGGAUCGUAAUAAUUAUUUCAACUGUUCGUCGAGUGACAUCGGCUCGAGGGAAGCUUGCGGUGUGCCUUUCAGUUGCUGUAAAAGGAAACCAAACGAAAUUAUAAAAAACAAGCAGUGCGGGUACGACGUUAGGAAACCUAGCUACACGGGAGAGAGGAGUAUAUUCGAAAGAGGUUGCCUAAGGGCAGGAGAGGAAUGGCUAGAGCUGAAUCUCGUGCCAGUCGCCGGUACGGUUGUCAGCACUAUGGUCCUUCAGAACUUUGAGGUCGCUAAAGUGAUUUACGAGAAGGGAUGCAUUCAAGCAGGUGAAGAAUGGAUGGAACGAAAUCUUAUUCCAAUCGCAAGUGGUGCGGUCGUUACGGCUUUUGCACAGAUUUUGGGAAUUUGCUUCGCUCAAAAUCUACGAGCGGAUAUAUUUGCGCAAAAAGCAAAAUGGCAUUGACAAUCCAGAGCCCCCACGGCAGUCUAGCAUCUUGUAUUGAAAAGAUGCUGAUCGCCCACGUUGAUCGAAAUUUUAACAUACCAACUUAUUCAAUCCUCGAUUAUGCGAAAUAACAACAGAAGAAUAAAAAGAUAAAGAUGAAGAUGAAGAAAUAAAAGAAGAAGAAGAAGAAGAAAAUGGAUCCUUGUAAACAACAACCACAUCAACAACAACAAACAACAUCUACAAUAAUUGCUACUACCAACAACCACAUCAACAAUAACAACAGACAACAACAUCAAACAUCGAUAAGAAGGAAUAAAAACAACUUUGGCAAGAAUUGUUAAACAAUUUUACAUUUAAUAACAAAUUGUAUUCUUCUUAUUCUUCUUUUCACAAUUCAUUUGCUAUAA